CUGCUACGCCUGCAGCUUCCUCAUUAAUCACGAUGUCCACCGGCACCACGAAAUCAUCAGCUGUAGCGCGACCGGCGAUCAUCGACUCGACUUUCUGGACGGAUGACAACGCGCCGAUCGGGACGAUAAUCGAGAACAGGGACUACAAGCUUGUUCUGCAAGACAACUGCAACCUCACCUUGUCAACCGCCGACAGUAGCGGCGAGGUACUGUGGUUCACCGACUCUAAAGACCUCAUGUUCGACUGCUUUGUGAAUCUCGAAGCCAACGGAGAGCUUAGGGUCAAGUACCUCGGCGGAGUUCCUUUGUGGGGCAGCGGGGUCACGGGCCCUCCCAACUCGGACUACGUGCUCACGAUCCGACCCGAAGGGAAGCUCGCCGUCUACGGUCCGUCCCUUUGGAGCAGCAUAACGUAUGUCGACGGCGUUGCGACAGCGGUUGCUGAGAGCUACCGGGAGAAGAAGAUCGCCGUGGCGACUGAAGAGUAAUUAAUGAUCACCCGCGCACGUGGCUUAGCUUUAAAUAAUUUAAAUAAUCAAACUUAUGUUAUUAUCUAUGAAUAAUAAGAUGCUGCUGUUGGACUUGUGUGGCGUUCAGCAGUUUUCAGCCACGUACCUGUUGCGCGUGUUACUUUACAGACUUAGUUUACCUGCUUAUGAUAUUGGAGCUUGUAGCAA